GGUCCCAAUCUGCGGCUUCCGGAUUGUAUCUCUUCCUAGCUAGCUGCUUCCGCCGCCAUUGCGGGUUUUCGGAGUUAGGUGCUGGGGCCACUCAAUACCUUAAAGGCGGUGGAGAAAAGCACAAACAUCCGGCGGGGUGAUUGUCACCAUACAUACAUUAUUAGUGAACCCCCCAGCUAACCGAGAUUUACUGCUGUCUCAAUUUGUCUCCCUAUUUUGACUGGCUGCGACUGACCGCGUCUGUGGAGGAGGUCGUGGCUCUAACCCACUCGUAGAAUAUUCAGGAUUCCGGCCGGGAGGAUUGAAAGCAGAGAGGAACAGCCAUGGCUCAAAUCCUACCUAUCCGCUUUCAAGAGCAUUUGCAGCUCCAGAACUUGGGGAUCAACCCUGCCAACAUUGGCUUCAGUACACUGACUAUGGAGUCAGAUAAAUUCAUCUGUAUUCGGGAGAAAGUUGGCGAGCAGGCACAGGUAGUGAUUAUCGACAUGAGUGACCCCAACACUCCUAUCCGCAGGCCCAUUUCAGCAGACAGUGCCAUCAUGAACCCGGCCAGCAAAGUUAUUGCGCUCAAAGCUGCAAAAACACUUCAAAUUUUUAACAUUGAAAUGAAGAGCAAAAUGAAGGCCCACACCAUGACUGAUGAUGUCACAUUCUGGAAGUGGAUCUCCCUCAAUACUGUAGCACUUGUGACAGACAACGCUGUUUACCAUUGGAGCAUGGAAGGAGACUCUCAGCCAAUCAAAGUCUUUGACAGACACUCCAGUUUAGCAGGCUGUCAAAUCAUAAACUACCGCACUGACGCCAAACAGAAAUGGCUGCUUCUUAUUGGGAUCUCUGCACAGCAAAACCGUGUAGUGGGUGCAAUGCAACUGUACUCUGUGGACAGAAAGGUCUCCCAGCCCAUUGAGGGCCACGCAGCCGGUUUUGCCCAAUUCAAAAUGGAGGGAAAUGCUGAGGAAUCGACCCUGUUCUGUUUUGCUGUGCGAGGACAAGCAGGGGGAAAGCUACACAUCAUUGAAGUUGGUACUCCACCGACGGGCAACCAGCCAUUUCCAAAGAAAGCCGUGGAUGUGUUUUUCCCUCCAGAGGCCCAGAACGACUUCCCUGUCGCUAUGCAGAUAAGCUCCAAGCAGGAUGUUGUCUUUCUCAUCACCAAAUAUGGCUACAUCCACCUGUAUGACCUUGAGACGGGCACAUGCAUCUACAUGAACAGGAUCAGUGGAGAGACCAUCUUUGUCACAGCCCCCCAUGAGCCCACUUCUGGCAUCAUUGGAGUCAACCGCAAAGGACAGGUGCUGUCCGUGUGUGUGGAGGAGGAGAACAUCAUCCCCUACAUCACCAACGUGCUGCAGAACCCAGACCUGGCGCUGCGCAUGGCGGUGCGCAACAACCUGGCCGGUGCCGAGGAGCUCUUCGCCCGCAAGUUCAACAACCUCUUUGCCAGCGGCAACUACUCGGAGGCUGCCAAAGUGGCCGCCAACGCACCCAAGGGAAUUCUGCGGACUCCAGACACCAUCCGGCGCUUCCAGAGUGUCCCGGCGCAGCCCGGCCAGACCUCGCCGCUGCUCCAGUACUUUGGGAUCCUGCUGGAUCAGGGCCAGCUGAACAAGUUCGAGUCCCUGGAGCUGUGCCGGCCCGUGCUGCAGCAGGGACGCAAGCAGCUGCUGGAGAAAUGGCUGAAGGAAGAUAAGCUUGAAUGCUCUGAGGAGCUCGGCGAUCUGGUGAAGUCCGUGGAUCCCACCCUGGCUCUUAGUGUCUACCUGAGGGCCAACGUCCCCAACAAAGUCAUCCAGUGCUUUGCAGAGACUGGGCAAUUCCAGAAGAUCGUCCUCUAUGCCAAAAAGGUUGGCUACACUCCAGACUGGAUCUUCCUGCUGAGGAACGUGAUGCGCAUCAGCCCAGAACAGGGCCUGCAGUUCUCCCAGAUGCUUGUGCAGGACGAGGAGCCGCUGGCUGACAUUACACAGAUUGUAGACGUGUUCAUGGAGUACAACCUGAUCCAGCAGUGCACCUCCUUCCUGUUGGACGCCCUGAAGAACAACCGGCCCACGGAGGGACCACUGCAGACCCGCCUGCUGGAGAUGAACCUGAUGCACGCACCACAGGUUGCCGAUGCCAUCCUCGGGAACCAGAUGUUCACCCAUUAUGACCGCGCCCACGUGGCCCAGCUGUGCGAGAAGGCAGGGCUGCUGCAGAGAGCUCUGGAGCACUACACCGACCUGUACGACAUCAAGCGGGCCGUGGUGCACACUCACCUGCUCAACCCAGAGUGGCUGGUGAACUUCUUUGGCGCUCUGUCAGUGGAGGACUCUCUGGAGUGCCUGAGGGCCAUGCUGUCGGCCAACAUCCGCCAGAACCUGCAGAUCUGCGUGCAGGUGGCCUCCAAGUACCACGAGCAGCUCUCCACCCAGACCCUCAUCGAGCUCUUCGAGUCCUUCAAGAGCUUCGAGGGUCUCUUUUAUUUCCUGGGCUCUAUUGUGAACUUUAGCCAGGACCCAGAGGUGCACUUCAAGUACAUCCAGGCAGCAUGCAAAACUGGGCAAAUUAAGGAAGUGGAGAGAAUCUGCAGGGAGAGCAACUGCUACGAUCCUGAGCGUGUGAAGAACUUCCUGAAGGAAGCUAAGCUGACUGAUCAGCUGCCCCUGAUUAUUGUGUGCGAUCGCUUUGACUUUGUCCACGACCUUGUGCUCUACCUGUACCGCAACAACCUGCAGAAGUACAUUGAGAUCUAUGUUCAGAAGGUGAACCCCAGCCGUCUGCCUGUGGUGAUUGGAGGUCUGCUGGAUGUCGACUGCUCCGAGGACGUCAUCAAGAACCUCAUCCUGGUGGUGCGGGGCCAGUUCUCCACCGACGAGCUGGUGGCCGAGGUGGAGAAGAGGAACAGACUGAAGCUCCUGCUGCCUUGGCUAGAAGCCCGCAUCCACGAGGGCUGUGAGGAGCCGGCUACCCACAACGCCCUGGCCAAGAUCUACAUCGACAGCAACAACAACCCGGAGCGCUUCCUGCGGGAGAACCCCUUCUACGACAGCCGUGUGGUGGGGAAGUACUGCGAGAAGAGGGAUCCCCACCUGGCCUGCGUGGCUUACGAGCGAGGACAGUGCGACCAGGAGCUCAUUAACGUGUGCAAUGAGAACUCCCUGUUUAAGAGCCUGUCCCGGUACCUGGUGCGCCGGAAGGACCCAGAGCUGUGGGCCAGCGUGCUGCUGGAGACUAACCCCUUCAGGAGGCCUCUCAUCGACCAGGUCGUUCAGACUGCCCUCUCCGAAACUCAAGAUCCUGAGGAGGUGUCCGUUACUGUCAAGGCCUUCAUGACUGCUGAUCUACCCAACGAACUCAUCGAGCUUCUGGAGAAGAUUGUUUUGGAUAACUCUGUCUUCAGUGAACACAGGAACCUUCAGAACCUCCUGAUCCUCACGGCUAUAAAGGCAGACCGCACCCGUGUGAUGGAGUACAUCAACCGCCUGGACAACUACGAUGCCCCUGACAUUGCAAACAUUGCCAUCAGCAACGAGCUCUUCGAGGAGGCCUUUGCCAUAUUCCGCAAGUUUGACGUCAACACAUCAGCUGUGCAGGUGCUCAUCGAGCACAUCGGCAAUCUGGACCGCGCCUAUGAGUUCGCCGAGCGCUGCAACGAGCCGGCCGUGUGGAGCCAGCUGGCCAAGGCCCAGCUGCAGAAGGGCCUGGUGAAGGAGGCCAUCGACUCCUACAUCAAAGCUGAUGACCCCUCCGCCUACAUGGAGGUCGGACAGGCCGCAGCUCAGAGUGGUAACUGGGAGGACCUGGUGAAGUUCCUGCAGAUGGCCCGUAAGAAGUCCCGCGAGUCCUACGUGGAGACCGAGCUCAUCUUCGCCCUGGCCAAGACCAACCGGCUGGCCGAGCUGGAGGAGUUUAUCAACGGCCCUAACAACGCACACAUUCAGCAGGUUGGAGACCGAUGUUAUGAUGAGAAGAUGUACGACGCCGCCAAGUUGCUGUACAACAACGUAUCAAACUUUGGCCGCCUGGCCUCCACUCUGGUGCACCUGGGCGAAUAUCAGGCAGCUGUGGACGGCGCGCGCAAGGCCAACAGCACGAGGACCUGGAAGGAGGUCUGCUUCGCCUGCGUGGAUGGGAAGGAGUUCCGGCUGGCCCAGAUGUGUGGGCUGCACAUCGUGGUACACGCUGAUGAACUGGAGGAGCUCAUCAAUUACUACCAGGGCCGGGGCUACUUCGAGGAGCUGAUCACCAUGCUGGAGGCGGCCCUGGGCCUGGAGCGCGCUCACAUGGGCAUGUUCACCGAGCUGGCCAUCCUCUACUCCAAAUUCAAGCCGCAGAAGAUGAGGGAGCACCUGGAGCUCUUCUGGUCACGCGUCAACAUUCCAAAGGUUCUGAGAGCCGCUGAGCAGGCCCAUCUCUGGGCAGAGCUGGUGUUCCUGUACGACAAGUACGAGGAGUACGACAACGCCAUCCUCACCAUGAUGAACCACCCCUCAGACGCCUGGAAAGAGGGACAGUUCAAAGACAUCAUCACCAAGGUGGCCAAUGUGGAGCUGUACUACAGAGCUGUCCAGUUCUAUUUGGAAUUCAAGCCCUUGUUACUGAAUGACCUGCUCAUAGUUUUAUCCCCAAGACUUGAUCAUUCUCGAGCAGUCAUUUUCUUCAGCAAGGUCAAGCAGUUGCCUUUGGUAAAACCCUACCUGAGGUCAGUACAGAGCCAUAACAACAAGUCGGUUAAUGAGGCACUAAAUAACCUUUUCAUAACCGAGGAGGAUUAUCAGGCUCUGCGCGCGUCCAUCGACGCCUACGACAACUUUGACAACAUCACUCUGGCUCAAGGCCUUGAGAAGCACGAGCUCAUCGAGUUCAGGAGAAUCGCGGCGUACCUUUUCAAGGGCAACAACCGCUGGAAGCAGAGUGUCGAACUUUGCAAGAAGGACAAGCUCUACAAGGACGCCAUGCAGUACGCGUCCGAGUCCAAGGACAUCGAGCUGGCGGAGGAGCUGCUGCAGUGGUUCCUCCUGGAGGAGAAGAGGGAGUGCUUCGCCGCCUGCCUCUUCUCCUGCUACGACCUGCUGCGGCCCGACGUGGUGCUGGAGACCGCCUGGAGGCACAACAUCAUGGACUUCUCCAUGCCCUACUUCAUUCAGGUCAUGAGGGAGUACCUGAGCAAGGUUGAUGCAAUUAAAGAAAAGGUGGACAAGCUGGACGCCUCAGAGUCGUUACGGCAACAGGAAGAGCAAGCAACCGAGGCACAGCCCAUCGUUUACGGUACCCCCCAGUUGAUGCUUACUGCUGGCCCCAACGUGGCCGUCCCUCCCCAGCAGGCCCCCUAUGGCUAUGGCUACACUGCACCUGCUGGCUAUGUCCAGCCUCAGCCCGGCUUUGGCUAUGGCAUGUAAAAGCCCCGCUGCCCACAGUCGUCCGUCUGUUCUUGCGUUCCUCACCAGCUUAUUAUGGUCUGUCAUCACAACAGGGGAUUUUAAAGAAGCAAGUCAGAAAGUUGUGCAUUUUAAAUUAUUCUCCUUUUUUCCUUAAACCACAAUGAAGGACUUCAUUUUUAUUUGUUUCAUUCAAGAAAUGAGUCGGACCACCUUCUUUUUUGUUUUCUUUUUUUUUUCACAUUCCAUAUUUAAGCAUAUUCGCAUUUACUAGCAUUUUUGUGUUCUAUUUUUUUUAAGGGGUAUCAGGGGUCUUGUAUGUAAGUGGACUUGUGAGAAGAGCAAUUAACCUAAAGUAUGUUGUUUAAGCAUCAGAUUUGCACUCUGUUGUGAGAGGAAACUAAUGUAGAAUCUCUUUAAUUUUUUUUCUUUGAUGUACUGUAUGUGAAAAAGCUUACACUGUCUGUCUGUAUAAUGCAUUUCAUUAUUGUAUAUUAUGAUAAAUAUGGCUACAAAUAAUAUUUGAACGUAAAUGCAUCCAUGGAUACAUCUAGCAACACUAAGUAAUAAUCGUAAUAUUCUACACAAACGUGUAGCUGUGUGGAAUUUUAAAUGCAUACAGACAUAUAAGUAAGCAAUUUUAAUCCCUUCCAGCCUAAACCAGUUCUCCAGUCAACCCGUAUAGAAGUUACUAGCAUCUUUUCAUCCACUCCAUGUGUAACAGGUGACCUUUUGUUGUGCUGUAUACAGUGCUCUUGUGUGAGAUCAUUUCCAUAAUGAACAAUGGGGAUAACAAACUUAUUCUUCUGACCUGUGUAUUUACUCACCGACUUAUGUUGAGGUUUGUGUAUGCCAGGUGUUGUGAUGUUCUAGCUCUCACUAUUUUGAGUGUACAGAAGAAUGAAUAUAGAAAUGGUUACAUUGCUUGUCCUGUCCAUUUUGUUUUUUGUGCAGUUGGCACUCGGAACAAAUCAAGAAUAAACAGGAUUGUGAUCAUA